CAGUCAGGCAUAUUACUGUAAGUGGGCAAUAGCAUUAUGUGUGAAAAAGAUGUGUAUCCAUUAAUUAAAAUAUUUUAUUGCUAAAAACUGUUUAAGAUCAUCUGAGCUGUUGGGAAAAUGGUGCUAAUAGAUUUCCUCCAUGCAGGGUUGCCACACAUCUUCAAAUUCCACAAAAUACAGCAUUAAAGUGAAGUGCAAUGAAAUAUGCUUGUAUCCCCCCUCCCCCCGCCAAAAAAGAAAAAAGAAAGAAAAGAAAAGGAAACCCAAAUAAGAAACAAAAAUAAAACCUAAAGGGAGUCAGGAAAUCAGAGAAGACGCUGGCUCAGAAGAUACCAAGGGCCAUCAUAGGAAGAAAGAGAAGCUGGGAAACACUGAAAUGGAGGAAUCUUGGGAUAUGAACGCUCUAAAGAAUGCCAGUCUAGUCAAACUCUCUCAAUGUGCCACUGAGAAAAUCACUUUCAAUGUUUUACUUUAUAUAAAUAUAAUCCUUACACUCGUAAACAUUUUGGAAGACUGUAAAAGGGCAAAGCCAAUUAAAAUCACCCGUAGUUCUUUCCACCUGGAGACAUCCACGGCUAAGCCCAAGCCUUUCCUCCUCCCUUUUUCUUUGCAUUUUUAACACUGUCCGAGUUGUGACAUAUAUACACCUUGACGUACUUUUAAAAACACUAAGAGAACAGUGUAAAGCAUCCCAAGUUCUGUUUCAAACGGUUUAAUGAGCGAAACAGAUGCUAAGACCAGGUGAUUGCGAAAUCUAGCGUAGGAGCGCUGGGACUCCUCCCCCCAUCAGGGUACUGGGAAGCUGGAAUAGCCUAGAGCCAGAGGGACCUCCGGCCGAAGAGCAGAGCGCCGGCCGCCCGGAGUGAGUUUGUUGCCCAAAGCGGAGCGAGCUGACCUGCAGGUGGCGAGGCGUGCAGAGGAGCGCAGAGGGCUUUGCCCAAAGUUGCACAGGGAGCCCUCGAGGUUCCUACGCCCGGCGACAUGGGAUGCGCGUGGUUCCUGCUGUUGUGGGUGCUUUCCCAGCUUUCGGGAAAUUAUGAGGGCCACUCGCUGUACGCUUCCAAGCUUCACUCAUUCUCAGUCCCGCAAAAGAAUUUCACCUUCCUCUGGCUCCAGACCUCGUCCUUUCCCAGCAACGCCUCCACACGCGCGGAGGGCGUGGCGUGGCUGGGGGAGCUGCAGACGCACAGCUGGAGCAACACCGCGGACACUAUUCGUUUUGUGAAGCCCUGGGCUCGCGGCACGUUCAGCAGCCAACAAUGGGACAAAAUGCAGCACCUGUAUCUGGGCUUCCGAAGCAGUUUCACAAAAGACAUUCGGAAGUUCGCUCAAAUGCUGCGAUUCAAGUAUCCCAUGGAGCUGCAGCUGUCUGUUGGCUGUGAGGUGCACCCUGGGAACAUCUCAGAACACUUUCUCCAUGUAGCAUAUCAAGGAGAACAUAUCCUGAGUUUCCAGGGAACUGCUUGGGAGCCUGUCCUACAGGCCCCCCAGUGGGUAGAUUUGGUCAUCAAAGACCUCAACCAGGACAAAGGGACAAGGAAAACAGUACAGUGGCUCCUCAAUGACAUCUGUCCAGAAUAUGUCAAUGACGUCUUAGAGACAGGGAAGUCAGAACUGGAGAAACAAGUGAAGCCCGAGGCCUGGCUGUCCAGUGGCCCCAGUCCUGGGCCUGGCCGUCUGCUGCUGGUGUGCCAUGUGUCUGGCUUCUACCCAAAGCCCGUGUGGGUGAUGUGGAUGCGAGGUGACCAGGAGCAGCAGGGCACUCAGAGAGGUGACAUCCUGCCCAAUGGUGAUGAGACGUGGUAUCUCCGAGCAACCCUGGAUGUGGCAGCUGGGGAGGCAGCUGGCCUGGCCUGCAGGGUGAAGCACAGCAGCCUAGGAGGGCAGGACCUCGUCCUCUACUGGGGUGGGAGCCACACCUCUGUGGGCUUGGUCAUCCUGGUGGUACUGGCUUGCUUGGUGCUGCUCUUUGUGCUCAUUCUAGGCUUCUAUUGGAUCAGGAGACACCGCUCCUAUGAAGACAUCUUGUGAGUCUUCUGGUCACUUCCAUGUCUGGAGCCCAAGACCCCAAGUCCCCAGAACUGCAGUCUUUGCCUGCUUAGGAAUGGAGGAUGAAUGGAGAGUUAACCUGGAGAAGUAACAAAGAAAAGGGUCAUCCACAUCCUUUUAACGUUUAUCUAAAGAGUUCGAGUCCUUUCCCUUGUAUGACAAGUUUUUAAGCCCAAGUCAUUCUGUAGAAACAGGAGCCCCAACUCCUCUGAUGACCUGCUGGCAAUGAGCAGGUAAAGGCUAGGGUAGCAGUGCCCUUGUUGGCCAUUGAGUGACAGGAUCUGUCCUGAGAUGGAAAAACGUGUUCUUUGUAAAGGUGGUAGCUGCAGUGGCCAGCUGUCAAGUACCAAGUCAAUUUCUGGCCUGAUUGCAGCCUAUGUUUCUCAUGAAAACUGGAAAUCUAGAAUUUUAUGUGACAGGUGAUUUAAAAAGUUAACUUGUCUUUGGACAAAAUAUUCUUUGUGAUAAAUAAGCAUUGCAGACUGAUCCUAUCUCAUGUGCACCCAGAUCAAGUCUCCUUUCCUUCUUCAAGAUCCGUUUUCAACACCCCUUCACCACAAAGACUUUUCUGAGCCAUGAAGAACUAAUGUAUUUCUCCCCCGAGUACCCACAUUAUAAAAUAUUAUGGAGUAAAAUAAAUUUAAAGUAUAAUUUGCAUACAAGAAGACGCUCCUAGUUACAAUUCAACGAAUUAUACCAAUAUCCACACCCAUGUAACUCUUCUCCCGUCUUCCCAGAGCUCACAGAAACUUUUCAUUUCCCCAAAGUCUGUCAUGUCUCCUUGUUAAUCCCAGCAUUAGUCAACAUUGAUCUGUAUUCUGCCUCUUUUUGUUUUAUGAAAAUUUUAUAUAAAUGGAAUGGAAUGUUUCUGUUCUUCAUUUGACACAAUGUGUUUGAGACUCAUUCAUGUUCCAUUCAUCACAAGUUCCUUUCUUUUAGUUUUUGUGGAGCAUUUCCUUACAUGGGAAUACAUACUAACAUUUAUGGAUUAAGCUAGUCACAAAAAAUUGGUGAUUUAUAAUCUGGGCUCUCAGGAAUGAAGCUGCUGUGAACAUUUAUGCCCUUUUUGUGCAUUCACUUUUACUUGAGUAAAUCCCAAGGAGUGGAACUGCUAAACUCAAUGGUAUGUCUUUUUUUAAUCUUUUGGUUAUUUAGGAGUAUAUUAUGGCCAGGUGCAGUGUUGCACGCUGUAAUCCCAGAUGCUCUGGAGGCUGAGACAGGAGGAUCGUGAGUUCAAAGCCAGCCUCAGCAACAGCGAGGCACUAAGCAACUCAAUGAGACCCUGUCUCCAAAUAAAAUACAAAAUUGGGCUGGGUGUGUGACUCAGUAGUUGAGUGCCCCUGAGUUCAAUCCCCAGUACCUUGCCUUGCUCAAUAAUACUACAUUACGUAAUUAUCAAAUGUUUGCUGGUUUUGCAUGGGUGUUUUAGUUAUUGGAUUUGAGUUUAAUUCCCAAAAUAGAUUUUGUGUGAUUUCAAUCUUUUAAAAUCUACUGAGAGUUGUUUGAUGUAUGCAGUCUAUCUGUGAAAAUAUUCCAUGUGUAUUUGAAAAUAAAGUGUUCUGCUGUUGGGUGAA